GGCAUAAAUCACAGUCUUUUUUCCGUUCUCACUCACACAGGAAAUGUGUGCAUCCUGUUUUUAAAAGAUUUAAAAGAUUCAACCAGCAGUGUGCUGGGUUCUGUAUCUUCUGCAGAUUACGCUGUUGCCAGGAAGAAGGUUAAUGCUGUUUGUUUAAAGCUAUAUACUUGACUGAAAUAAACAUAUAGCUGAGCUUAAAAUCAGAAUAGAAAAAUCAGAAUCCUCAGUUGGAAGACUCUUCGGCGGGUUUCUGAAGCAGCUUGUUUUGUCUCCUCUGGAAUUCGAACUGCAGAAAAGAUCACCAAAUCAGUUUCCAGGUCACGGAAGAGAGAUUGCAUUUGGACCUCCUCUACACUGACCUGCCAGGAGUCGGAACCCCAAAGUUCAAAGCAAAGAGAUAUGCUAAGGCAAUGAAGUUUGACAGGAAUUUGGAAGACCUUGCCAAGUGUGCCACACCCAUAUUUCACCCCCACACUUCAGUUACCUGUUUCAAAACCCGACCGGCUGCUGAAGCGUGUGCAUCUCGUUUUGAAGCACAUUUCUUGAGCUGUUGACGUUUACGGCGCUGGACAGCUGUUACAUCUUUAUGAACUGACCGACACGCAGAACCAGGAGGCAGCUGGAUCAUUUGGAGCUCCUCUACGCUGACUGUGGCACUAAAACAUUUUCUGAAAUCAAAGACAUCCUGCAGUGUCCACACCGUGACGAUGACCAGCCGAAGCUGUGAUGAAAGUGCAGCCAUACAGUCGUCAGGAGAGCCCACUUUAGACAGGGCAAGUAAAAAGGCACAAGAGCAGAUUGAACGUCUGUUUAAUGUCUCACUCAAUGUAGCUGUAACUGGAGAAUCAGGGGUAGGAAAGUCAACCUUUAUCAAUGCAUUUAGAAAUCUGGGUGAUGAAGAUGAAGGAGCAGCUGAAACUGGAGUUACUCAAACCACCACUGAACCAACACCUUACACACACCCCACAAUGCCAAAUGUGGUAUUCUGGGACCUGCCAGGAGUCGGAACCCCAAAGUUCAAAGCAAACACAUAUGCUAAGGCAAUGAAUUUUGACAGGUAUGACUUUUUCCUUAUCAUCUCAUCAGAGAGGUUCAGAGAGAACGACUCCAUGCUGGCCAAAGAGAUCCAAAAAAAGAAAAAGCUGUUUUACUUUGUUAGAUCAAAGAUAGACAACAACAUUCAGUCAGAGAAAAGAAAGAAGAAGGAGAGAUUCAACAAAGAAGAAACUCUCUCAAAAAUCAGAGAAAACUGCCAAGAGAACUUAAAGGAAUUCGGAAAGCCCAAAGUUUUCCUGAUUUCCUCCCUGGAUCUUUCUGAAUUUGAUUUCGACUGGCUGGUAGCCACACUGCUAUCAGAGCUCCCACAGCAUAAGCAGUGCGCUCUGCUGCUGUCGUUGCCGGUCAGUUCUGUGGCUAUUCUAGAGGAAAAAGUGAAAACGUUUGAGAAAGAGAUCUGGGCUGCAGCUCUUCUGUCUGCUGGAAUUGCAGUGGCCCCGGUGCCCGGUCUGACAUUCGCGUGUGAUACAAGUAUCAUGGCAACUUUCUUCACCAGGUGCUACUACGCCUUUGGUCUUGAUGACAAAUCACUAAAAAAGCUCUCAGAACGAGUGAACAAGCCACAUUUGAAGACCCUUGAAAAGUCCACUCUUUUAAAGGAACUUGCACAAAACUCAGCGGUCAGAAUGGGAGCGUCAGCAGUGGGAGAGUUCCUGUGUAGUUUGUUUCCUGGUCCUGGGAGCGCCGCAGCAGCAGCCAUCUCUUUCACUACGACACGUGAUCUGCUUCAGAAAGGCCUGAAAGUGCUGGCAGAUGAAGCCAGAAAGGUGCUGAGAGAGGCAGGAUUAAAGUGAUGAGAACACCCUGAGAUACUUCAGGAGAAAGUACAACUGAUUGAAAUAUAAGUGAUUAAAAAAAUAAUAAUAAUUAUAUAUAUACACACACACACACCUGAGAUCUUUCUUCCAAUGAUUGUUCUAAAUGUCUGUUCUAAUUGUUCUAAAACAAUGAAAAGUAAUUCUCUGAUGCAUAAUUAUAAUUAAAUAGUUUUGUAACACAGGUUUAUGGGUUUCAGCUUCAUGUACGCUCUUGAAUACCUAAGAAAUUUCCUUUUCUUACCAAACUUUGUACCAGAAUGCUUGUGGUUUGUUAUCUAUGCUUAUAUGUUGACUUUGUAGAUGAGUACUCACGUCUUUUUCUCCACUUUCAUUGUGUGACAUUCUCUGAAUAAAGUUUUUUUCAUGCCAUGUUGUCUCUACACCAAAACAGCUAUAAACUAUAAACAGUAAACACUAUUAGACUCUUUUACAUCCUUGAUGUGUAUUAUAGCCGCAUAAAAAUAACUUUUAAAAAUAAAAACUUUUAAAAAGCAA